AUGGCUAGUGGUGGUGGAAAUUAUAGGAAUGGGAGCCAUAGGAACUCUCUCAAAGGAACAACAACAGCAACUGAUAGGGCACUCUUUGUGAACUCCAACCCUUCAAAGCCUGCUCUUAAAAACAAGCCUUUGUCUUCGGGUGGUGCUUCUUCUGGGCUAAGGAAGAGUAGCCCUGGGUCACUUGGAGGUGGAACCGCCAAGGAUGAUAUUGGAGUUUCUGGAAGAGUUCGAGUAGCUGUGAGAUUGCGUCCACGUAAUGCAGAAGAGUCUGUGGCAGAUGCUGAUUUUGCUGAUUGUGUAGAACUUCAACCAGAGCUUAAAAGGUUAAAGCUUCGGAAAAACAAUUGGGACACAGACACCUAUGAGUUUGAUGAGGUGCUCACAGAGUUUGCAUCACAAAAGCGUGUGUAUGAAGUUGUUGCAAAGCCAGUUGUGGAGAGUGUUUUGGAUGGUUACAAUGGGACAGUCAUGGCUUAUGGUCAGACUGGUACUGGAAAAACAUAUACUCUUGGACGACUUGGGGAGGAAGAUACGGCUGAUCGUGGAAUAAUGGUCCGUGCUAUGGAGGAUAUUUUAGCAGAUGUUUCAUCGGAAAGUGAUUCUGUUUCAGUGUCCUAUUUGCAGCUUUACAUGGAGAGCUUACAGGAUCUUCUUGAUCCUACUAAUGACAACAUUUCCAUCGUGGAAGACCCUAAAUCUGGAGAUGUUUCACUACCUGGGGCUACCCUAGUAGAAAUAAGAGAUCAGCAGAGUUUCUUGGAAUUACUACGGUUAGGAGAAGCUCACCGCUAUGCUGCAAAUACAAAACUGAACACUGAAUCUUCUCGUAGUCAUGCUAUUUUGAUGGUACAUGUGAAGAGGUCUGUCAAAGGAAGAGAACCUGCUCAUUCAAGUGAAAAUGGUAACAGUACUAACAUGGGUAAAUCUCUUAGGCCUCCACUUAUUCGAAAAGGCAAGUUAGUUGUUGUAGAUCUUGCUGGUUCAGAGCGAAUUGAUAAGUCAGGGAGUGAAGGCCACACGCUUGAGGAAGCCAAGUCUAUCAAUCUUUCUCUGAGUGCAUUAGGGAAGUGCAUUAAUGCACUGGCAGAGAAUAGUGCUCAUGUUCCAGUUCGUGAUUCAAAGCUUACUAGGUUACUUCGAGAUUCAUUUGGAGGCACUGCAAGAACAUCGUUGGUUAUAACUAUAGGUCCAUCCCCACGUCAUCGCGGAGAAACAGCUAGUACUAUAAUGUUUGGACAGAGGGCUAUGAAAGUGGAGAAUAUGUUGAAGCUCAAGGAAGAAUUCGAUUACAAAAGUUUGGCUAGAAGGCUAGACAUACAAUUAGACAAACUGAUUAUGGAGCAUGAGAGGAAGCAGAAAGCAUUUGAAGAUGAGAUUGAAAGAAUUACCACAGAUGCGCAAAACCAAAUUUCUGAGGCUGAAAGAAUUUAUGCAGAUGCAAUGGAGAAAGAAAGAUUGAAGUAUCAGAAGGACUAUAUGGAAUCGAUAAAGAAGCUUGAGGAGAAAUGGAUGACGAACCAGCAAAAGCUGGGUGGUGAAAGAAAGGAGCAGAUGAUAUCCACUGAGGAAAUUGGUGAGGUAAAAAAGUUACUUAGCAAAGAAACUUCACUAAGGAAAGCUGCUGAAGAGGAAGUCAGUAACCUUAGAAGUCAACUAGCUCAAUUGAAAAUGUCAGAGGCAUCAGCAAAUUCUGAGAUCUUGAAACUGCGAAAGAUGUUGGAAGAUGAGGCAUGUCAAAAGGAGAAACUUGAAGGGGAAAUAUCAAUGCUGCAAAGUCAGUUAUUGCAACUAAGUGUUGAAGCUGAUGAGACUAGAAGAAGGCUUGACAGAGGCGUGCCUGCAAAAGUCCCUGGUGCUCUAGAUUCUCUCAUUUCUCAAAUUAGACCACAGGUAAAGGAUUCAGGAAAUGGAGAGAAGGCCUCAAUAGCAAAACUCUUUGAGCAAGUGGGAUUGCAAAAGAUCUUGUCAUUGCUUGAAGCAGAAGAUGCUGAUGUGCGGAUUCAUGCUGUGAAAGUGGUCGCAAAUUUAGCUGCUGAGGAAACAAAUCAGCUGAAGAUUGUAGAAGCUGGAGGUCUAACGUCCUUGCUGAUGCUGCUUGGAAGCUCUGAGGAUGAGACAAUACAUAGAGUUGCUGCUGGUGCAAUUGCCAAUCUUGCGAUGAAUGAAACCAACCAGGAACUCAUAAUGUCUCAAGGGGGCAUUAGCUUGUUAUCAACAACAGCAGCUAAUGCUGAGGAUCCUCAAACACUUAGAAUGGUUGCUGGGGCCAUCGCCAAUCUCUGUGGCAAUGAUAAGCUGCAGAAUAAGCUAAGAGGUGAAGGUGGUAUCAAGGCUUUGCUAGGAAUGGUCAAAUGUGGACAUCCGGAUGUUCUUGCACAAGUUGCUCGUGGAAUAGCAAACUUUGCUAAAUGCGAGUCAAGAGCAUCAACUCAAGGAAGUAAAGCUGGAAGGUCUCUUCUGAUUGAGGAUGGAGCACUUCCAUGGAUUGUACAGAAUGCUAACAAUGAUGCCUCGCCAAUUAGGCGCCAUGUUGAGCUUGCACUCUGCCACUUAGCACAACAUGAAGUGAAUGCCAAAGACAUGAUAAGCGGAGGUGCCUUGUGGGAACUGGUCCGCAUCUCGCAAGACUGUUCUCGGGAAGACAUAAGAACUCUUGCACAUCGGACACUUACUUCUAGCCCCACCUUCUUAGCUGAAUUGAGGCGGCUACGAAUAGAAUAUUAAACACACUCUGGAAAACUUUAUUAAAGUGAACUUGAAAGUGCAGAAACCGUGUCAGCUUAAACUAAUUCAAACUAGAGGAUUGAUACUCCCCACAUUUGAAACAAGGUGUGCUUCCAGCUGUGCUCCUGUUGAAGUUUUGCCAUGAAACAGAGUGCGCUUGGCUUCGUAGUCAAGAUAUGUUGUUGAUUACACAAGGAACCUCUGAUUUAUUAAUCAAAUUGUUGUCUUGUAAUCUCAUCUGAGACCUGCCUGUGUAGUCUGCUAAUUGUAGUAAACAAAUGAUUUGUAUAUGAAAUGGGUAUUAGAGUAACUAACAUCCAGUUAUUGUAUAUAUAAGUAAGUUCAUAUCAUUUAUUCUGUAACGAUUGAUUUGCUUUGGAAAAUCUGAAGCCCUGAAAGUAAGUAAAAACCCCACUAUGUGUUAGUGCACUUUGGUGCUGGCAAA